AUGAUUUUCUUCGUGUUUUGUCCGGCAUAUUUUAAUCUGAUUUUAGCGAGGUCGAAAUACCGCUGCAAUUGUAUUCAAUUGUUUGUCGUCAAUUAUGUAUGACACAUUCAACAAAGUCAAGAUAUCCGAAAUGGAUACUGAGCGAAAUGAAACUAAAGAGCAACCUUGUGAUAAACUGGGUGCCGACGAUGUGUGGAAGGACUUCAAUUGUCCAAAAUACGUUUCUCGUAUUUGCCCUAAAACUAAUAAAUUGCCUGCGAAAAUAUUUGAUUUUAUCAAACCACCCGAAACUGAUUUAAAUUACACUUUGCAAAAAUUGGAUGAACUUAUAUUGGAUCCUGUAACAAAGGACAGUUCACCGCGCAUUUGCAGGCUCUUGUAUCAAUAUUUUCAUCAAACUGGAGAUAAUGGUUAUAAAAUAAAAGAUUUGCCAAAAAUAAUGAGGAUAUUAGAGUUUUUGACUCAAAAUGUUAAAUCAUUUAAAGACUAUAAACCACAUCUUGAUCAAAUGUUGGAUCUUUGUCAGUUACCACCUUUGUUAGACAAAUCUUCUGAAGUUUUAUUAAACAAUAAUAUAUUGGAACAAUAUUUUACGUUACUGGGACAUUUACUUAUUGUUUUGCCACAUAAGGAACAAGUGUUGAAGGUUUAUAAAGCGCUUCAUUGCUUGUUAUUAAAAAGAGAUGCCUCAAAUGUAACAGCAAUUAAAAUUAAACACUGUCAUAAAGUUGUAGAAAAGUCAGAACUGCCAUUGAAAGUAGUCAAAUCAUUGCAAUCUUCCCUACCAGAAAUGUAUGAAAAAAUUUUAGAAUUGGUUUUUCUACUCUCUUCUAUUUCUUACACAUGCUCUCAUAAAAUGUUGAAAGUUGGUGUACUCAAUAUAAUACUUGUUAGAAUGGAUCUUCCUUAUGCAACACAAUUACGUUGCACACGUCCACCCGAUUCAUUAUUAACAAGAACUGAAUAUCCUGAGGACACAACCCUUUUAAUAAUGAACACUUUGUGGAAUUUAAUGAAAUCCAUUCUUCCUCCUAAAAUAGUGCCUGCUACAUUGAAGACAGCAUUAUCUUGUGCACAUUGUGCAUUAUGGUAAAGUCUUCAAAAAAUGUAAUAUAAUAGUGCUAAUUGCUUAAUACACAUUUUCAAGUAGACUAGUAAUAUAAAUUUAAUUUAAAU